AUGUCUGGAGCGCCUCGAAACGAUACCUACCCUUACGCCUUCGCCUCCACGUCCGCUUCGUCCUCGUCGCAAACCCCCAAUUCCGACGAUCGCGAUGAGCUCGACUUUCUCGACGACAAUGCCAGUAACGAUAGCGGUCGUGGGAGGUCGCGCGAUAGAGACCAUGUGUUAGGCGAGGACCCGCUGCAAGGCAACUUGAGUGCGCCCAUGACCUUCAAGCGAAGACAAGGCCCCUCAUUGUGGUCUGCACCUUCUCGACUUCUCUCCGCAAUCACAGGCUCACGAUCCAAUGCUUCCUCGAGGGGAGCUUCGCCUGCUGUGUUCCCUGGCUCCAACACUUCCCCGCGCGCCGAACCUGUCGUCUUUAACGAAGCUACCAAAGAUGGAGCGCCGCACGAUUGGUACGUCGAGGGACCGGGACGCCGAGUCGGAUACGAGGAUCUUACGGCCAUUGAUUGGAUUUUCGAAUACACAAAGGAGCGCCAGCGGUUGCGAAUGCUCUAUUCAAGUGCAUCCGGCGUUAUAGGCCCUCUGCGACGGCUCAUUGAUGCUAGCCAAGUCUGGAUCGUCCUGCUCUUGACAGGAAUGCUCGUGGGAGCUGUCGCCGCGGGAAUCAAUGUUACAACCGAUUGGCUUGGAGACUUGAAGGAGGGAUACUGUUCUAGUGGCCCAGAAGGAGGCCACUUCUACCUUAACAAGGCCUUUUGCUGCUACGGCUACGAUCAUAAUUCCAAGUGCGAAGGCUGGAAGUCUUGGGGUGAUGCUGUUGGUGUACAUUCAAAAGGCGGCAAAUGGUUUGUUGAGUAUUUGUUCUUUGUUUCUCUUGCGAUGCUGUUCGCUUAUGUUUCUGCUGUUCUCGUCCAGGAAUAUGCAAUUUACGCUAAGCACAGUGGUAUCCCCGAGAUCAAGACAGUCCUUGGAGGCUUUGUCAUUCGAAGAUUCCUCGGAUUUUGGACCCUUGUAACCAAGUCGCUGGGACUUUCUCUUGCUGUGGCAUCAGGCAUGUGGUUAGGAAAAGAAGGCCCUUUGAUUCAUGUCGCCUGCUGUUGCGCAAACGUCUUUACGAAACUGUUUCGCAACAUCAAUGACAAUGAAGCUCGGAAACGUGAGGUUCUAUCAGCCGCUGCCGCUUCGGGUGUCUCAGUCGCCUUUGGAUCGCCCAUUGGCGGUGUCUUGUUCAGUUUGGAGACCUUGUCUUAUUACUUCCCCGACAAGACAAUGUGGCAGAGCUUUGUCUGUGCCAUGACUGCUGCUGUUGUUCUUCAAGCUUUCGAUCCCUUCAGAUCUGGCAAACUUGUCCUGUAUCAGGUUCACUACAGCAUUGGAUGGCAUGGCUUUGAGCUGCUACCCUAUGCCAUCUUGGGUGUUCUAGGUGGUAUUCAUGGUGGCCUCUUUAUCAAGCUCAACAUGGCCAUCGCUCGCUGGAAAAAGGCAAACCGAUGGAUCCCUGGUCCAUUUAUCCAAGUUCUCAUUGUGGCCUUCUUCACUGCUCUCAUCAACUAUCCCAACUUCUACAUGAAGCUUCAAACGACUGAACUGGUUUCCAACCUUUUCUCCGAGUGCUCUCAGGUUCUCGACGACCCCAUCGGCCUCUGUAGAACAGGCGCCGCUUCGGCCAAAACCAUAGUCCUCCUUGUCUUUGCAUCAGUCUUGGGCUUCUUCCUCGCUGCUGUGACAUUUGGCUUGCAGAUUCCUGCCGGCAUCAUUCUCCCAUCAAUGGCUAUCGGUGCCCUGACAGGCCGUGCCGUGGGUAUUAUCAUGGAGAUCUGGGUCACAAACCACCCAGGCUUCUUCCUGUUUGGCUCAUGUGAGCCUGACAUUCCCUGUGUAACGCCAGGCACAUAUGCUAUUGUCGGCGCAGCAGCGUCUCUUGCUGGUGUUACUCGUUUGACGGUCUCCAUCGUGGUCAUCAUGUUCGAACUCACUGGCGCUCUCACAUAUGUGCUGCCCAUCAUGAUUGCGGUCAUGAUAUCAAAAUGGGUAGGCGAUGCCUUUUCACGCCGCGGUAUCUACGAAUCGUGGAUUCACUUCAACGAGUACCCUUUCCUUGACAAUAGCGAGAACAACGAUGCUAUACCCGAUAUCCCCGCUUCACAAGUUAUGACUCGCAUCGAGGACCUCGUUGUCCUUACUGCCACGGGCCAUACCAUUUCCUCACUUACAACUAUACUCGAGAUGCACCCGUACCGUGGCUUUCCAGUCAUAUCAGAUCCCAGAGAAGCUAUUCUUCUCGGCUACAUUUCACGUGCAGAGCUUGCGUACAACCUCUCAGCCGCCACGCAGGCACCUCGUUCGCUCCCCUCGGAGACGGAAACCUUCUUCUCUCAUCAGCCUAUGGCCGAUCCGCGCACUACUCUUGAUCUUCGUCCAUGGAUGGAUCAAACGCCCCUUACUCGAUUUUCACAUACAAGCCUUCACCUCGUCGCGACUUACUUCCAGAAACUUGGUUUGCGGUAUCUCCUGUUCAGCGACCGUGGCGUCCUCCAGGGCUUGUUGACAAAGAAGGAUGUUUGGUAUGUUCUCAACGGUGCCGAAGAAACACGUCGCACCAUGGGCCUAGCAUCAACUGGUGCUGGCCAUGAGACUGGCGUAGCGGAUCGGGCGCCAGACGACAUCGGCGGCGGCGAAAGCAGCGGAUUGCUGCGCGGUGACGGCGCUGAUGAUGGGGAUAGUAUACAAGGCGAGGAGCCGAUGCUAUGA